AUGAUUGUUUUAACUAUUCUUGGUGUUUUCAUUGGACGGAGUGUUCAUCAUAUUGCUCAACGACGACGGGUUGUUCCUGCAGUGACAAACGAUGGAGGAAAUCAUGGGGAACAAUCUGCUAUACAGAAAAUGGAUGUACAAUUGACAAUCAUGCUCUUCUUGGAUAUAUUUGUUGCAAUGAUCUCGUUUUUACCAUACGCAGCUAAUUUAAUUUACGGAAAUAUUACAGGAAGUUGGUCAAAAUCAGCAUUACAAGUUGCCUGGGAGAAUGUUAUUGGUGAAAUUAUCAAUUUGUUGUCUUAUACGUUUUUCAGUACCUCAUUCUAUGUUUCAAUCAUUUCAUUGACUGGCUUUCGGGAUCAACUUUUACGGGCAAUUCGAUUAAAGAAACCCAAAGUAACAGUUUAUUCACGAACAGCUGUUACGACGAAUAAAACUGCUCAAAUUCAGUAA